AUGGCAUCGUUUAAUAAGAAAAAUGUUAUGAAUAUUUUAGAAAAAUGUGUAAAGAAUAAUUUAUUAAAAGAUAAAAGUCGUCAAUUAUGUACGAGCAAGGUAAAUUUUAAUAGAGCGUCCGGAGAUAUAAUAGGUAUCGACUUAGGUACUACGAAUAGUUGUGUUGCAAUUAUGGAAGGAAAACAAGGAAAAGUUAUUGAGAAUUCAGAAGGUUUUAGAACAACACCGUCAGUAGUAGCUUUUACAAAUGAUAAUCAAAGAUUAGUUGGAAUUAUUGCAAAAAGGCAAGCAAUAACAAAUCCAGAAAAUACCGUAUAUGCAACAAAAAGAUUUAUAGGUAGAAAAUUUGAUGAAGAUGCAACAAAAAAAGAACAAAAGAAUUUGCCUUACAAAAUUGUUAGAGCGCCAAAUGGAGAUGCGUGGAUAGAAGCACACGGGAAAAAAUAUUCACCGAGUCAAAUAGGUGCUUGUGUAUUAGAAAAAAUGAAAGAAACUGCAGAAAAUUAUUUAGGAAGAAAAGUGCAUCAAGCUGUUAUUACAGUACCAGCAUAUUUUAAUGAUUCUCAAAGACAAGCAACAAAAGAUGCAGGUAAAAUUGCAGGUUUAGAUGUAUUAAGAAUUAUUAACGAACCAACAGCAGCUGCUUUAGCAUUUGGAUUAGAAAAAAGUGAUGGAAAGGUAAUUGCAGUAUAUGACUUAGGAGGUGGUACAUUUGAUAUAUCUAUUUUAGAAAUUUUAGGAGGUGUAUUUGAAGUAAAAGCAACAAAUGGUAAUACAUCCUUAGGAGGGGAAGAUUUUGAUCAAAGAAUUUUAGAAUAUUUUAUAUCAGAAUUUAAGAAAAAAGAAAAUAUUGAUUUAAAAAAUGAUAAAUUAGCUUUACAAAGAUUAAGAGAAGCAGCAGAAACAGCUAAAAUUGAAUUAUCAAGUAAGACACAAACUGAAAUAAAUUUACCAUUUAUUACUGCUAAUCAGACUGGACCGAAACAUUUGCAAAUUAAAUUGACUAGAGCUAAAUUAGAAGAAUUAUGUCAUGACUUAUUACAUGGAACUAUUGAUCCUUGUGAGAAAUGUAUUAAAGAUGCAAAUGUUAAAAAGGAUGAAAUUAAUGAAAUAAUCUUAGUUGGUGGUAUGACAAGAAUGCCAAAGGUAUCAGAAACAGUAAAACAAAUUUUUCAAAAUUCCCCAUCAAAAAGUGUGAACCCAGAUGAAGCAGUUGCUUUAGGUGCAGCUAUACAAGGAGGUGUUUUAAAAGGAGAAAUAAAAGAUUUACUUCUUUUAGAUGUUAUUCCUUUAUCAUUAGGUAUAGAAACUUUAGGUGGUGUAUUUACUAAAUUAAUUAAUAGAAAUACAACAAUCCCAACAAAGAAAUCGCAAAUAUUUUCCACAGCUGCCGAUAACCAAACACAAGUUAGUAUUAAAGUUUAUCAAGGAGAAAGAGAAAUGGCUAGUGAUAAUAAAAUGUUAGGCUCUUUUGAUUUAGUUGGUAUUCCACCUGCACCUAGAGGUGUUCCACAAAUUGAAGUUACAUUCGAUGUUGAUGCUAAUGCAAUUAUUAACAUAUCCGCUAUUGAUAAAAUGACAAAUAAAAAACAACAAAUUACUAUUCAAAGUAGUGGUGGUUUGAGUAAAGAAGAAAUUGAAAAGAUGGUUCAAGAAGCUGAAUUAAAUAGAGAAAAAGAUCAACACAAGAAAAAUCUAACCGAUUCUAAAAACGAAGCAGAAACUCUAAUUUACAGUUCAGAAAAACAGAUAGAUGAUUUCAAGGAUAAAAUCUCAGAUGCAGAUAAGGAUGAGUUAAAACAAAGAAUUUCGACCCUACGAGAAAAAUUAUCUUCAGAAGAUUUGGAUGCAAUCAAAGAUGCUACGAAACAGUUACAAGAAAAAUCUUGGGCUAUUUCACAAGAGAUGUAUAAAAAUAAUGCUGCUCAGGGUGCACAACAAGAACAACCAAAGAGUGAAACCAAAACAGGGGAGAAUAAAGACAAUGCAUAA